AUGAUUGAAAUCGUAAAAUCACAACUCAACGCUGAAGAGGCUCUGAAGUUCAAACCACUACAGUUGCAACAAGAUUUCACAGUACUGGGUGACGACGAGGAGGAGUCAUCAUUCCAAUCUUCAUCGACGAAUCCAGAUGACAUUAUCAUCCCCACAAAGAAGUUAAAAGUGUCUUCCUUUGUAUUCAACGAUGAACAUCUUGUUGAGGAAAAUGAUGAUGUUGGGUUGAGUGCUAUGAUUGCAACUCAAGCCCUCGUUCCAAUAUUAAUCCCAUCUAACUUUAAUUCAGAGCUUGUAGUCAAUAACAUUGAUAUUGUGAAAUAUGAGUUCGAAACUAACUUUAUUUCUGAUUUAUCCUCAUCUGUCAGAGACCGUUUCAAGGACAUUGUUUCUAGGGUUUUCAUGAAUCUCCACCCAGCAAAGUGGCUAGCGGAUGGUUCCAACCUUGGAUAUUUUCAUGACGAUGCCGAUUACGAAAUUCCACUAAAACCUCCUGAUGCUAUUUCAAAGUUAGAAAAAGAAUGCACACCUGAAGCGCUCACGAGAACCACACUAUUUGACAUCCAACAACUUUAUCAUUACAUUUGUGGAAAUUUCUGUUUGUAUGUUGAUAUGUUUGCAAUUUUGGGUGUCAUUGAGAAGAAUAAUAUUCUACAUGAUGCAUUGUUAGUUAGCUCAUGUUUAAUGGAUUGCAUAAAGUCGCUAUUGGAAAAACAUGAGAUAAUUAGAGGCUUUUAUUUAGGAUUGGUUCUCACUACUGGUUAUGAGUGUAACGAUAUUAUUGGAAGCAAAUUCUUUGUUCUUGCAGCUACACAUGGAAGUGUUAUUCAUGCAUGUAAAUUGUUUUAG